UCCCUGAAUCCGAUCGCACUGUUGAACGGAAGGUAAGGCACGAUUUAAUAAUAUGCAGCCUCUACUAUAGACAUAAGGUGAAUACAGUUGACAGUAUGCUGCGGUGGAGAGUGUCGAAGCCCACUGUGCUGAGCCUUUUGCUAAUUCAGGCUGUUACAGUGGUGCUUCUGUACGGAUGGUACAGCCGCCCACCGUCUCAAAACUCUCUAUCUGAGGGCAAGGUGCAUGUGCUGCUGCUGUCGUCUUGGAGGUCUGGCUCAUCAUUCCUGGGACAGGUGUUUAACCAGCAUCCGGAUGUCUUUUAUUUGAUGGAGCCAGCCUGGCACGUGUGGAUGUCUGUAAAGCAAACAGGUGCACGUAGCUUACGAAUGGCAGUGCGUGAUAUGAUUCGUAGUGUCUUUCAGUGCGACAUGUCGGUAAUGGACGCUUACAUCCCCCAGCCAUGUAACGUCUCCAAACUCUUCAUGUGGAGCCACAGUCGUGCACUCUGCUCUCCACCCGCAUGUUUUCUCACAGCUCGUGACGAGAUCAGCAAUGAGCAAGAAUGCAAGAAGAACUGCGACACGCAGGGUUUGAAGCUCGCGGAGGCAGCGUGUCAGUCCUAUAGCCACGUGGUGUUAAAAGAGGUGCGCUUCUUCGAGCUGGAAUCACUGUUCCCACUACUGCGGGACCCCACUCUGGAUCUGCGCAUCAUUCAUCUAGUUCGUGACCCACGAGCUGUGCUUCGUUCCCGAGAGAAGUCUUUCAAAGCCCUGGUGCAAGAUAGCGCCAUAGUACUUGAACAGGCUAACCUUCCGGAAAAUGAACAGCCGUAUCAGGUCUUGCAGGAGAUUUGCCGCAGUCAUAUGCGCAUUUAUGAGACCGCCAUGAUAAAGCCACCCGAUUUCCUACGGGGACGCUACAAAAUGAUACGUUAUGAGGAUUUAGUGCGUAACACGCUGGCCGAGAUCGAAGCCAUGUACGAGUUUGUAGGGCUGGACAUGACCGAAACUUUGCAGGAGUGGAUCUACCGCAUCACUCAUGGAAGGGGCAAGGGAAAGAAAAGUGAUGCCUUCAAGAUUACCUCGCGAAAUGCAGAGGACGUCUCCUUGGCUUGGAGAACCACCUUAUCAUUUGAAAAAGUCCAGCACAUCCAGGAUGUUUGCAAAGAUGCCAUGACUCUGCUUGGAUAUAAAACAGUGGAAAGUGAGGAAGAGCAAAAGCUGCUGGAUGUAGACUUGGUGAAACCAAAUGAACAGAAUCAGUUCAGCUGGCUACCUUCUAAAAGCACUACUGCUAAAGUAUAGAGACGCUCCAGUGAUCAAAGGCAUAAAAGUGUGUCAUUUUUGCAUCAGUUUUGUUCUCCUUCGCUUCAUACAAAUGUGUCCUAGGGAACAGCAGAGAAUUUGGACAUUCCUCUGUUAAACAGGACACUACAGCAAUGAAGCGCUGUUCUCUUCUUAACACAACAUUUAACACUGGAUGCUGUUUUUGAAGAAAUCGUGGUCCAAUAAUUAACUUUAAGUUUUAUUUAUCGACAAAAAGAAACUAUGGUGUUUUUUGUUUUUGUUUACAGAAAUAAUUUGCGUUUCAUUUUGAUGUUGUAGAUGCAGAUUGAAUCAGAACUAUAACGGCUGUGUGUUUCUUGUAUAAGUGUCACAUAAAAAUGUCAUUCAGCUAUCUACAGAUUUACACAGACUUUGAUCGCAUAAAGCUGAAUAUCCACAUCAUUGUGAAUAAAGGAGUUCCUGCUCCUUGAGACCCACUGUCUCGCAGAGUUUAGAUAAACCUGACACAAACACACCUUAACCAGCUCAUCACACCUUUCAGGAUCAAUUGACCAAUCGAAGACCGGAUAUGCUGAAGCAGGUUGAACAGUGGUGUCCCAACUAGGAAGUAGUUCAUAUUUGAUUUUAUGUUUAGAUUGAUGUUAGUCUUGUGCGAUUUUAAGAUUUUUAUUAGCUGUAAACCCGGGGAAUGUUUCAUCAAAGAUGCUAAGGAAAGCAGGGAUUAAAGUCCAAAACAUAGACUUGAAAUAACCUAACAAUUCAAUCUGGAUUAAAUUGGUUUCAUAAACGAAAAUUUUAAUGCACAACAUGUAAUUUUUGGUGGAUGUAUUCAAAACAAACAAGUUUGAUGAUGCCAUGUUCAUGCGUGAGCUAAUGAUUUUUUUAAUGUAGUAGAAUGAAGCAUGGUGAGGCUGAAAUCUGUCGAAGCGAAACGAGGCAGCUGAACGAGCGUGAUGAACUGCUCAAAAGCAGCAGAGCUUUUAUUAUGCCACUGUCGACCACUUCCACUCCUUCCAGUCGUACGUAUGUGGUGUAAAGUAGGACUGUUUUAUUAUACAUUUGAAAGUUCUGUUAUAAUGCUACUCUGUGUGGUCAUCACCGGUCUAUUAAAACACAACAUAUUAAA